CCAGCUUUGGUGGGAGGACAGGAGGAGAAUUUAAGGAGGACCGAGACUAAAUGAAGCUUUUGUGACAAUGAGGACAAGACAAAUGAGACAUGUUUGCGUUCUUCUGCCCAACAAACAGCACCUGGACUGUUCUGUUAGGAUGCGAGCCAGAGGCCUGGAAGUGAUGAACGCUGUGCUGCGUCUGCUCGAUGUCAGUGAUCUCCAAGUGUUUGGUCUGGCUCUUCUCAGAGAUAAUGAAUAUCUCUUUCUGGAUUUGGAGCAAAAGCUGAGCAAGUAUUUUGCUAAAAUAUGGAACAGGGAAUCCUUAAAGGUUCCGUUCAUCUUAUUUCUGAGAGUAAAGUUUUAUUUGGAAAGUGGGCUCCUGAUAUUCAGUAGCAAGGUGCGGCAACUUUACUACUGGGAGCUGAGGCAGAAAGUGCUGCAUUCCCAUAGCUGCGAUCAGGAAGCUCUUUUCUUCCAGCUGGCAGCUUCCGCACUUCAAGCCGAAGUGGGAGAUCUGGAGCCUGAGGAAGGGAUAGAGAAAGAGGGAGGAGAAGAGAAACAAGAUAGAAUGCAAUACUUUCUUACAGAAGAUUACUUUCCACCUUGGCUAAUAAACCAAAGAGGGAGAAGCUUCCUUCACCAACACAGUCCAGUGUUGCACGGUGAGCUGAGAGGAGUGCCACGCAGCCGAGCCAUUCUGCAGUUCCUAAAAGAGGCCAGUGGCUUGUGGGAUGGACCGCUGACUUUCUACAGGAUGAAACAGGGGAAAAAGGAGCUGAGGAGUUCGAUCCUUCUCGGCGUGGCAUUGACUGGAGUCCAUAUCUAUCAGGAGGUGGAAGGGAAGCAGUGUGCACUGUUUGUUUUUACCUGGUCUGAUAUCGACCGCUUUACCUUCCAGGGUAGCAGGUUUGAAAUUACUGCAGUGGGAUCCCUGGGGUUAUCACAGCUUGUGUAUUACACUCACUCAGCCUUCCACUCAAAACACAUUCUGAGACACCUGAGCGACAGCCAUCACUUCUACAUCAGCACCAAGGAUGCAGCCAGCUACAUCCAGCAGUUGGAAGACAUACAAACCUGUCAACUCCACAAAGAGGCUUACAUCUGUGACAUAACGUGCUUAAGACAGAGACUCCGCUGCCACAACAUCACUGCAUCGGUGUCAGAUUGCAGCGAUCUGGAGGAAAUGGACACAGCCAGGAUCAAAGAUGAAGCAGAGGAUGAAGAUCAAAGCCCUUCAUCAGUAGAGGAACCUGAAGAGGUUUUUGUUGAUGAUCCAGCUGAGGUGUCCUGGUUGGCUGAGCUCUUACAUGAUGUGUCUGUUGGUGGACCAUUAGAAUUCCCCUCGUCUUCCUGGGCAGCUGUGACCAUGGAAAUGAAACAGGUUCUGUGCCGGAGAGCUGGUGAAGGAGUGUCUGUGGACUGAUUUUCAGCGAGAGGCGAUGGGAGUUCAUCACAUGUUCUGCUGCUCAGGACAAGAACAUUCCCUAUCUUGACUAAACAUUAUGUGAACAGAACAAAAUCAAAUUUCAACACAAAACAUUUUGCUUUCUUGAUAAUUGCAUACAGUAGGUCACAAAAACACAAUAAUAGGUUAAAAACAAUCUGAAGUGGAUGCUCUGCAUUAAUUGAAUGCUAUCAUCAUCUUCAAAGAAACAUGUUUUCAGAUCUCGCUGCUGAUUUCAGAUCCGUUUAAAGUAAUGCAUGCUUUCAACAGGCUAUGAUGUUACAAUCAAGUGAACAUACAAUAAUAUUAACUGAGGAUAAAAUCCUUAGUUUAUGCACAUAAGUGUUGAUUCUGAAAAAAACUUUAGGUUUUCAAGUGUUUUGGAAAAGUAAUUAUACCACGUAAACUUUUUCAGUUUUUUAUGUUGCAACCACAAUCUUUCAAUGCUUAGUGAAAUUUGAUGUGAUAGACCAACAUAAAUUAGCACAUAAUUGUUAAAUUGAAGGAAAAUUAGACAUUUCUAUUAAAAAUCUGGAUGUAUGGUGUGUAUUUGUAUAGUUCAAUAGAGUCAAUAGUUUGUGACUCUGCCACCUUCCUCUGCAAUUACAGCUCCACAUCUUCAUACAGUCAUAUUUAAUAAGUUAGAAAAUGUAUUUCGAUGAGGUUCAUUUCUCAGAUUAAAAGUACCUUUUGAAAAAAGCUUUAAGCAGGUUUUAAACAUACUUUUCAUUGAUCCCACAUUUCUGUAAUUAUUUUUUUUUUUUUUACUGGUCUGACAUAAUAUUCUAAUCUUAAAUGUCAUAUUUUCAUUAGCUGUAUUAGCAAACAAUCAUAGUUAACAGACAUAAAGGCUUUAAAACAUU